AUGGAAAUUGAUACGGGGGCAGCAGUAAGUUUGAUAAGUGAGCAGCAGUUUAAGAAACUGAAAGUUGGUCAGCAAGCAUUACAACUACACACUGAGGGACUACCCAGAUUGAGAACAUAUGCAGGAAAUUGCAUUAACCCCUUAGGUCAGACAGAACUGGAGGCACGUGAAGGAGAUACCAUACAUAAAUUAAAAGUAUUGGUUGUACCAGGAUUGGGAGCCCUGAAAGACACUACCAUCAAGCUGCAUGUUAAUCCUGAGAUAACACCAAGGUAUAUAAAAGCACGUACUGUCCCAUUUGCCCUCCGAGAUAAAGUAGAUAAAGAGAUUGAUCGCUUAGAAAAGGAAGGAGUCAUUAGACCUGUAUCUUACUCAGAUUGGGCUUCACCAGUUGUACCUGUACUUAAAGCGACAGGUGAUGUUCGCAUAUGUGGUGACUACAAACAAACUUUAAACAAAGCCUUAUGUGUUGACAGAUACCCAAUACCCAAUGUUGAAGAUGUGUAUGCAAAGCUUGCUGGGGGUAAAUUCUUCACUAAGUUAGAUUUGAGUCAUGCUUAUCAGCAAUUGCUAUUAGAUGAGGAGUCACAGAACUUGACAGCCAUCAAUACUAACAAAGGUAUAUACGCAUACACACGUUUACCCUACGGUAUAUCAGCAGCACCAGGAAUUUUCCAGAGAACCAUGGAACAGACAGUCCAAGGCAUAUCAAUGACAGCAGUUUAUAUCGAUGAUAUACUGGUUUCUGGACUUACCGAAAAAGAGCAUGAAGAGAAUUUAGAUGAAGUUUUGGAUCGCUUAGACAAAGCUGGACUCAAACUAAAACGAGACAAGUGUGUGUUUAAGAAACCAUCAGUCACUUACCUAGGACAUUGCAUUGAUGCUACUGGUAUUCGUCCUACAGAAGAAAAGGUGGCAGCCAUACAGAAAGCUCCAGCGCCUCAGAACAGGGAAGAGCUUAAAAGUUAUUUAGGUCUCUUAAAUUACUAUCAUAGGUUCUUGAAGAAUCUUAGCACUGUUUUGGCACCACUGUAUCAACUUGGACAACAGAACACCAAGUGGCAGUGGGGGGAAAGUCAGCAGGAAGCAUUCAGCGAUGGGCACUUACACUAG